CUCGACCCGCCGCUCCCAAUCAACACCGCCGACGGCCACUCGUUCUCGGCUGUCGGCGAAGGUAGCGUACUUGUGGAGGUCCCCAACGGCGACAGUCAGACUGCCGUCACGCUCCAGCGCGUCCUGUAUGCGCCGGAAAUCGCGUUCGCGCUCGUCUCCAUUCGGCGCGCGGACGAGGCGGGAUACUCUGCGGUGUUCGAGAAGGGC